GGAGAACAGGUUGGGUGGGUUUGUUAACAUUCAGCAAGCUCCUCCAUUAGCAGAGACACUGUGCUUCUGGCUAAAGGUAUCAUUCCAGUGGAAGCAACAAGCAAGUGCCACCAUCCAACAAGCUACAAUGACUGUCCUACAACUGUACUCUCCAUGUUGGCUUUAGCUGAUGGAAAUGUCCCAAAUGUAGAAACUAUUCAGAUGAUGAAAUAUUUCUCCUCCCAGAGCUGAUCCAGGAAGCAAAGCAGAGAAUGGCAGAACUUGGGAGGUCCUUUAUCAUGAUGGAAUGCGGCUGCUUUAAAUGGCUGAAGGAAAAGCGGGAGUCACCCCAUCUAGUCGUAGUGGUCGUUUUCUUGGCUCUGCUUUUGGAUAACCUGCUUUUAACCAUUGUGGUUCCAGUAAUCCCAGAUUACCUUUAUGAAUCAGAGUUCCUGAAUAAAACCAUGGCUAAAACCAAGUUGUCCUCCAUUCCUGCGCCAGACUCUUCAUCCUUCUUAAGCCGUUUACUGUACUAUAGGUACAGUGAGCUUCUGUACUCGGAAGAACAUAUGAAUUCAACUAAGGGUCUCUUGAAGGAACCCUGCAGAAAAGACACACACUUUCUAAGAGAGGAGAAUGUUUCUGUUGGUUUACUCAUUGCGUCAAAAUCUAUGGUGCAUAUCCUGGUGAAUCCCAUUGUGAGUCUGUUCACUAACAGGGUUGGAUAUGGCUUACCGAUGUUUCUUGGCUUUGUCAUCAUGUUAAUAUCAAUCUUCACGUUUGCCUUUGGUGGAUCAUACAUAUUCCUCUUAUUGGCCCGAAUGCUGCAGGGCAUUGGAAGCUCCUUCAUCGUUGUUGCAGGUCUAGGCAUGGUGGCAAGUAUAUACACUGACGACUUCCAAAGAGGAAAAGCAAUGGGAAUCGCUCUUGGAGGUGUUGUCCUGGGGGUGGUUGCUGGACCUCCUUUAGGCUCUGCUAUGUAUGAAUUUGUGGGGAAGGCCUCACCCUUCCUGCUCAUUGCAGCUUUGGCCCUACUGGAUGGGGCCCUGCAGCUGUUUAUUCUUACACCGAAAAUAUCGCCCUCAGCCAUUGCUCCUCCAUCUUUCUUUUCUCUGCUGAAGGACCCAUACAUUUUGGUUGCUGCUGGGUCCCUUUGUAUUACAAGCAUGGGUAUUGGGAUGCUAGAACCCACCCUUCCCAUUUGGAUGCUAGGAAGCAUGUGCUCCCCAGACUGGCAGAUUGGUUUGGUAUUUUUGCCAACCUCAAUUUCAUACCUUGUUUGCACCAAUGUAUUCGGCAUUAUUUCCCACAAGUUUGGUAGGUGGUUGUGCUCACUGCUUGGAAUGGCCCUGCUGGGAAUCUGCCUCCUUUGUAUGUCGCUAGCAGUUAAUAUUUUUGGACUCAUUGCUCCCAUUGCUGGCAUAGGGAUUAGCCUUGGAAUAGUGGACUCUUCCAUAAUGCCAAUCAUGGGCUAUCUAGUAGACUUGCGCCAUUCCUCGGUUUAUGGUGGAGUAUACGCUAUUUCUGACAUUGCUAUCAGCUUUGGAUAUGCAAUAGGUCCAUCCGUUGCUGGAGCUAUUGCAAAAGCCAUUGGAUUCCCCUUGUUAAUGGUGAUCAUUGGCCUUCUUAACCUCAUUUACUCUCCUCUAUGUGUCUUACUGCGCAAUCCGCCAAAGAAGGAAGAAAGGAUGGCCCUCUUAAACCACGAUUCCAUAGUAAAUUCAUGGUUGAUGAAAAAAUCCCAGACAUAAGACUGAUCACAUCAAUAGUAUGAAUUAAACGUCUGACCAAUGAGCUGUUGACCAAAGUAGCCAUUUGGAAAACUGGAAAAAUAUCAGGAUCUGAACUUGCUCGAGUUCUUAAUGUCAACAGGCCUUUUUUAGUGAACAAGGCCUUUAGCCUCACUCUGCUGAUAUGUCUUCAUAGAUCUGGGAAAGGAAUCCAUAAACUCUUUCAUAUGGUGUUUUUUAGUACAGCUACAAGUUCUUGAAAAUCAAAAAUAUGUAAUGGAGUUGGAGAAGCCCAGACUCAAUGCUGAUACAGUGUAUGCAUUUGGGCCUUGGGAAAAUCCCUCUAUUGUUACAUCUCAUCCUCAUAAGAAGAGGCUAUCUACUCACUUAGGGUCAGGGCACACUGGCAGAUUCGGGGAGCAGGGCAGCCAUCAGGGGGGACAGGGGGGAGAGUUGUAGGGGGCCCCGAGGGUACCCUGGCCACGCCACGCUUACUUGAUUAGCCAAGCCCCCCAUCUUUCUGAGAGCUGCUGACUUUGGGAAGGCAUGGACUUUAAGGGGCCCUGGCCAAUGUGGGGGGGGGCCCCUGGCCACCAAUUUUUUUUUCUCGUGUGGCCACCAAUAUUUUUUAAUG